GUAGUCCUAGACCAGUUAUUUGCUUCGCCGCCGCCAGCUGUGCGGCUCCUUCGCUGCUGUCGUGAUGCUGGGGUCUUUCACAGCCUUCGCUCGCAGGGCCGCACUGUGCAAAAUCCUCCACCAGCCCACUCUACCCUGGGUCCUUUCUUCACCUUUUGGCACAGGGCCCCAGCAGGACACUGGCACAAUCUUUGAACUUCGGACUUAUGAUAUUAAGCCGGCCAAGACCAAAGAAUGCAUGGAACUGAUCAACAGGGACAUUCGCUUUCGUUUGGCUCACUCUGAGUUGAUUGGAUUCUGGACAGCAGAACUGGGGUCAAUGAAUACGGUCUUCCACAUCUGGAAAUAUGAUAAUUUUGCCCACAGAGCUGCUGUGCGGAAAGCUAUUGCCAGUGACAAAGAAUGGCAGGGAAAACUCUCUGCAAUUCUACCACUGCUUAAAACAAUGGAUAUGGAAAUAGCUUACCUGGUCCCAUGGUGUGAGCUUGGGACUCCUCCCAAAGAGGGAGUUUAUGAGUUGAUUACUUAUCAGCAGAAACCAGGUGGGCCGGCACUGUGGGGACAGUCAUUCAAAGCGGCAAUAGAUGCCCAUGUCAGGGCAAGCUACGCUAAGCUGAUUGGAGUCUUCCACACGGAAUAUGGAUUGCUUAACACAGUUCAUGUGCUUUGGUGGCAUGAGAGCGCAGACAGUCGUGCUGCCGGAAGGCAUCGUGCCCAUGAAGAUGCCAGGGUGGUAGCAGCUGUACGAGAAAGUGUUCAGUUUUUGGAAUCCCAGCGAAACAUGCUUCUGAUUCCGGCUCCAUUUUCUUCUUUGAAAUAGUGCUCUACCUGCUGAAGGUCACGACCGGAAACUUAAUUUACUUUCUGCAUUUUUA